AUGAUUGGCAAUGAGACAACUAUCAAAUAUUUUAUCAUUAAAGGCAUCUCUGAUGCUCCCAAUCUGCAGUUUCCAAUUUUUUUUCUGGUCCUCGUUAUUUAUCUUAUAACUCUGACUGGUAACCUGACCAUUCUUGUUGCUUGCCGACACCCUCUGCUCCAUACCCCCAUGUACUUCUUCCUAGGUAACUUGUCUGCACUAGACAUCUCUUGUUCUACCAUUACUUUGCAUAGGCUUCUGAUAAACUUUAUUACCGGUGAUAAAACUGUUCCAUUUCAUCAGUGCAUGAUACAAAUGUACAUGUUUGGAUCAUUUGGUUGUCUUGAAUUAUUUAUCCUGACAUCCAUGAGUUAUGAUCGUUAUGUAGCAAUCUGUAAGCCUUUGCAUUACCACCAGAUCAUGAACAGAAGAAUGUGCAUUCUAUUGGCCUCGUUGAGCUGGACAUUGGGGUUUUGCGAAAUUCUGCCUCCUUUUCUUAUAAUAUACAGUUAUACUUGCUAUUCCUCCAAUGAAAUCAAUCACUUCUUCUGUGAUGUUAUCCCUGUAAUGAAAAUUUCCUGCAAUGACACAACUAUUCUGGAACUUCUGUUCUUCAUAGAAGGAUUAUUUCCUAUGAUCUUCACCCCCUUUGUCCUCACCUUUCUUCCUUACAUUUUUAUAAUAAAUGCUAUAUUGAAGAUCUCUACAAGCACUGGAAGACGUAAGGCCUUCUACACAUGUUCCUCACAUCUCACAGCUGUAACCUUGCUCUAUGCAACGCUUGCCAUCCAAUAUUUGACACCAAACCAAUCUAGCACCCUAGAGGCCAAAAAGAUUUUAUCUUUAUUUAACACAGCUGUUAUCCCGAUGUUAAAUCCAUUCAUUUACAGCUUAAAAAAUAAAGAUGUUAAAAGGGCUUUGAAACUGAGUCUUGGCUAA